AUUUCUGAAGGAUAAGAUAAGUCCGAGUUUCCUUAGCUGGUCCUUAGCGCGGCCGAUUGCCGGCCAAUGACGCCGCUGGGAAUGUAGCUGUUAUCUUAUCGAGAUGAGUCAGUUCUGUCAGUGUCCCUCUUUCACCCAGAUUUUUUUGGAGGCCGAAAUCGCCCCUCGAUUCCGCCCCGCCGACGGGACCGGGACCCUACCUUGACAUUUUAAAAUUUCCCCCGUCUCCCCCGAUCUGGGCCUGGUCACCAAUUCGCACUUUUCUCACCCUCUAAUCGAUUGGGCGUCCUAGCAGUCUUUGCUUCUAAUUUCUAUCUGCGUUGCUCAAUCGAACCGCCAGCAUGUGUGGUAUCUUCGCCUGUCACCAUCAUCCGGAUGUACAGGCAUUCAAGCCUACAGCUUUGCGCAUGGCAAAGGCUGUGCGCCAUCGUGGACCGGACUGGAGUGGAAGCUUCAUCGCUGAUAAGACGAUUCUUUGCCACGAGCGUCUGUGUAUCGUCGGUGUCGACUCCGGCGCUCAGCCCCUCGUUAACGACGAUGAAUCCCUCGCCUUGGCCGUCAACGGUGAAAUUUACAACCACCGCAUCGUGAGGAAGACCUUGGACGUGGAAUACAACUAUAAGACACACUCGGACUGCGAAGUCAUCAUCCCUCUGUACAUGAAAUAUGGUCUCGAUGCUCCCAAACAUCUUGAUGGCAUGUUCGCCUGGGUUCUUUAUGACAAGAAGGAGGAUAGGGUUAUUGCGGCACGUGACCCUAUUGGUAUCUGCAGUUUCUACAUCGGCUGGUCCUCUCAGACUCCUGGAGCCGUAUACUUUGCCUCCGAGUUGAAGAGUUUGCACCCCGUCUGCGACAAGGUCGAGGCUUUUCCUCCUGGCCAUGUUUUCGACUCCAAGAGCGGUGAAUUUUCCCGCUACUUCCAACCCUCAUGGUGGGACCCGACCAACGUUCCCAGUACGCCCGUUGAUUACAAGGCGAUUCGUGAGUCUCUCACGAGGUCUGUGCGCAAGCGCCUAAUGGCAGAAGUUCCGUAUGGUGUUCUGUUGUCUGGUGGUCUUGAUUCUAGCUUGGUUGCUUCGAUUGCUCAGCGGGAAACUCUGCGCAUGCAGAAGGCUAGCUCCGGUGUCAAGAGCGAGGCCAACGGUGAACUGGUCGGUAUCGACGACGAGAACGAGCUUUCUACUGUCAACUCCUUCCAGCAGCUGCAAUCUUUCUCCAUUGGUCUCCCUGGUGCUCCCGACACAGAGGCUGCCAUGGAGGUGGCUAAGUUUUUGGGAACCAAGCACCACGCCCUCACCUUCACUAUUGAAGAUGGUCUCAACGCCCUAUCGGAUGUUAUCUACCAUCUGGAGACAUACGAUGUGACCACUAUCCGUGCGUCCACCCCCAUGUACCUGCUUAGCCGGAAGAUCAAGGGACUUGGAGUCAAGAUGGUUCUGAGUGGUGAGGGUAGCGACGAGAUCUUCGGCGGGUACCUCUACUUCCAUGCUGCACCCAACAAGGAGGAGUUCCACAAGGAAACCGUUAGACGUGUAAAGAACCUGCACUUGGCAGACUGCCUCAGAGCCAACAAGUCAACAUCAGCCUGGGGCUUGGAGGCGCGAGUUCCUUUCCUCGACAAGGCCUUCAUUGAGACGUCGAUGUCGGUUGAUCCCCAGGAGAAGAUGAUCACAAAGGACCGCAUUGAGAAAUACAUCCUGCGCAAGGCGUUCGACACUUCCGAUGAGCCCGACGUCGAGCCGUACCUGCCCGACAAGAUCCUCUGGCGCCAGAAGGAGCAGUUCAGUGACGGUGUCGGCUACAGCUGGAUCGAUGGUCUGAAGGACCACGCUGAGCUUCACGUCACCGACGAGAUGAUGAAGAACCCUAAGCCCGAGUGGGGUGAUGAUAUUCCAACUACCAAGGAAGCUUACUGGUACCGCAUGAUGUUUGACGAGCACUUCCCAUCCUACUGCGCGUCCACAGUCGAGCGGUGGGUCCCCACAUGGUCGAAGCAGAGCGACCCCAGUGGAAGAGCCAUUGCUACCCACAACGCCAAGUACGAUGACGCCGAAUAGAUGAUUGUAUAGCAAGUCCUUGCGAAUUGCAUAUCGUAUUUUUGAGAUAUAGAAACAUGAAUAGAUGAUUAUUACAGAUCAUGGUCAUUUAGACGCAAGCGAGUCUUUACUAUUAGCGUAGCGUUUGGUCCAGUCUGGUCAAGUCCUGCGCGCUCUUCGACGCAACAAACCAGAUGAGAUAAAAUGCAAAUCAUCGCCUCUUCUC